UCACGCUCAUCUUGUUUUCCUUCCUGCGCAGGCAACUCGUAAUUACAUUCGCUGCUUUACUUAGAAGUCUCCUCCUUAUUGCUCAACUUCGCUGCUUUUUCGAGAGAAGAGCAGCCGCCCUGUCCUGGGCACGUGACAGUCGUCGAGACUAAGCAGAAGAAGAAAAAGAGCAUGUCGCCGCCGGGCUCUCGGGAACCGUCUCAGUACACAAGACGUUCGACGAGGCCACGAAAGCCGCGAUGGCGUCCCAGAAGCGCCAAUACUGAAAACAAGGCAGGACUGGAGGGAUGGGGCAGCCAUGGACAACAGGUGCGGUCUCCCAUUGCCCGGCUUCACAACGCCAACGCCACGUCGCAGACACCCACGCCUACGAGGUCGGAGAUAUCGGGACGCAGAGGUCACAUCUACAGCGGGCCAAGUGGUGGUCAAGAUGAGAGGAUUGCCAGCGAGCAGGUGGUCAUGUCGCCCUCCCGGCUCGAGUCCAGGAUGGCAUCGAGACGCAGGAUGAUGUCGAGGCACCAUGCUGGGUCACGGAAGGGACACGGGCGCCACCAGGAAAUGAAUGCCGUGGAUGCAUAUUUCGGGGUUUUCGAGGACGCCUUCGGGGAGCCCUCGCCAGCCGAGAUAGGUGUGCUGGCACCCAUCGACUUGGAAAGUAGAGCGGAGGCGGUCGCGGCUGCGCUGACGGUUCGCGCAAACAUUGGCAACAUAACCCUGAAAGGCGGCGCUGGUGGAGCUAAUGGAAGGGCACCUCGGAAGCCUGCGAUCAAGCGAGGUCCCAUCUCUGUGGAGUGUUCCGCCCCCGCCUCCACGCCGGUGAACGUUCAGGCGAGCAGGUUGCACUCCGUGCCCCGCAAGACCGUGGAGAUGGCCCUCGCCCUCGGCGUCUUCCUCGUCGUCACGCUGCUGGUCGUGGUCCUCGUGGCGCAGGCGUGGAUUCCGCACGCGCCGCACACGGAUCCGUUCUGCCACAGCGACGAGUGCCUGUCGCACGCGCGCCUCAUGGAGUCCAAGCUGGACGUAGCGGUGGACCCGUGCGAGGACUUCAACGCGUACGCGUGCGCCCGCUGGGAGCCACCUUCGGAAUACUACAGCUACGCCACGACCGUCGCCAAUCUCGCCGUCGACAACUGGUUCAUGAACUUUCGCAGCAUCGUAGCAAAGGGCAUUGAAGAUCUUCCCGCCGGCCUCAAACUUCAGGCCAUGUUCAACGUCUGCGUGGCCAGCGUAUUAGAUGAGUCCUCCAAGCGCAUGCUCACUGAGUUCAUGAAAGAGCGCAAGAUUCCGUGGCCCGACGAUCCGAUGCCAGAAGCCAAUCCGCUUGGCGUUAUUCUCGACCUCGCUUACAACUGGGCAGUGGAUCUUUGGUUUGAUGUACAACCACUGUACAGACCGAAGGGGACUACCGGACUUUCAAUAGCUUCUGGUAAUCUCGUCAACCUAUGGGGUAGCUACUUUAGAGAUGCCGUUCCAAGGGAUCGCUACGUAGAAUACUGGAACAGCUUUUACGUGGCAUUUGUAUCGCCCGACGACCAAAGGGAACGCGCAGCGAGUGAGAUUACUAGAAUCGCCGACAUCGAGUCUGACAUCGUCGCCAAGCUAUCCAAUGCGUUUGAACGGCGGGGGAAGGUGCCUGCCAGGUUUAAGGUUGCUGACAUCGAGAAACAUGCCGACAGCUUUUCGUCAGGUGAGUGGACAACAGUGCUCGAGGCCAACGUCCGUUUGUAUGAAAGAAUGUUGAAGCCUUCGGACUACGUGACUUUCAGUGACAUUGCCCUCCUCCAAGCGACGAACGAGUUCUUCUCCAAGUACAGCAGAACAGACCUGCUGCGGCACCUGUCCUGGUUCUUCAUCCAGAUAUUCGCUCCAUUUGGGGGCGUAGGAUCUAGCCUGGCCGACUCGGGAGACGAUAGUCGCGCUGUCAUGCGCCGGCUCGUGUUCUGCGUCACCCAAGCGGAGGCGGCUUACCGUGUACUCGUGGCGUCGCUCUACGUGCAGCCGCGGUUCGCCGCCGAGGAGAGGCUGGCACUUGAGGCUCACUUCGACAGGGUGAGGCAGGUAACCAUGGAGAAGAUCGCCAAUCUGUCGUGGGGCGACAACCUGUCCAAGUACAUGUGCACCGUGAAGCUACAGGAGCUAAAGACGCUUCUCUGGCCGCCCGUAGAACUGUUGGCUGCGAACGGCCUUUCGGAUCUGUACGCCGACUUCGCGUCCAACAAGAGCACCCCGUUUGACUUUUGGCACGACGCCCACGAAAACUUGCGUGCAUUGCGCGACAAGCCCCACUACGAAAUGCCGCUGACUAAGCUUCCCGUCGGCUCCGUUCCGCCUCUGGUUCGGUACGACUACCUACGAAACACAGUCGGUGUGUCCGCAGCAGCCCUGUCGCCGCCGCUGUACGCCUCACGCGGCACCCCGGCGAUGGUGUACGGAGGCCUCAUGUUCUCGUAUGCGCGUGAGUUGGUGCGGGUCCUGGACAGCACUGGCCUGAAGAUUGACCCGCAGGGUGACGUGGUGCCUUCAUGGGCGUCCUCCAGCUGGCAGGAAGGCGCCUCUAGGGCCAGCUCUUGUCUGGCUCCCGGCUUUUCGUCGCCGUUCCCGGAGAUCCCGACGGUCGAAGUGGCUUACGCAGCCUUCGAACGAGCUUUAAGCAGCGCCGCCAACGGCGGGAGCCCGUGGCGCACUACAGACGCGGUGAACGAGCAAAGGGUGUUCUUCAUAACCGCCUGCUUCACGCUGUGCAGCCAGAACCGCACAGCGGCCUUUUUGCGUGGGGACUGCAACAAGGCUUUUGCACACUUCCCCAAGUUCGCGGAGGCGUUCGCCUGUGUACCAGGUUCGGCUAUGAAUCCGCCUAAAAAGUGCCCCUUCUUUAACUGAACCCUUCAGUAACCCAGAUUUCGUGUUGAUGGCCUGCCUGGUGCCUAAAGUAGACUAACUCGACCGCGGCUAUGGACCGCGAUAUUACGCGGUCGUGUCCUUUGUUCCUAAUUUUCACUUCAGACCGCUUGUCAGUAACGGGGAUAUCUAUUGUUCUAAUUGAAUAUAAUUGAGUUUCAGACGUAUAA